AUGGAAACUGUCAGUUUUGUUCUGACAGGGCUAAUAGAAACAGCAGCCAUACAAUAUUUGGGAAUUGAAGUUGACACAUUAAGCUUGGAUGAGAAAUCAGAAAUUUUGUUUCUUGACCAAUCUAUUACAACUGUUGUUGUGCUUGGAGUUCUCUAUACUCUCACCAAGUCGUCUCAGCCACUUCCUAAUGAAAUAUAUCGAUAUGAUUGGAGGGAGCCUUUCGAUUUUCAAAGAGGAUGGCUGUUGUGGGCAACGAUUGGUCUUGUUGGAACGCUGAUUGCUAUUGCAUUGACGGGAGUUGCAACGUCUUUUCUCAAUAGCGAGCCCCCACAGAGAGAGACUGAUGCUCUUGUUCGCUUGCUUCCGUUGAUUGGCUCUUCAACUAUCAGCACUGCAAGUCUGUUGGGCAUUACGGGCGUCCUUGCUCCAAUUCUUGAGGAGACUAUUUUUAGAGGGUUUCUUAUGGUCUCCCUGACUAAGUGGCUGCCUACACCGCUGUCCAUCCUUCUCAGCGCCUCUGUAUUUGCUGUUGCACAUCUAACUCCAGGAGAAUUUCCUCAGCUUUUUGUACUCGGGACUGCUCUGGGAUUUUCAUAUGCUCAAACACGAAAUCUUCUCACUCCAAUCACAAUUCAUGCGUGUUGGAACUCCGGGGUUAUCUUGCUUCUGACCUUCCUCCAGCCCGACACGAAUCGACAUCCAUCCUCUUCUGCCAAAUCGCAAUUUCGCCCUUCUCAGACUUCUUCUCCCAACACAGAAGUUUAGCGGUCUCUUCGAUUUUCCUUUGUUCUUCUUGAAGUUCUUCCUUUGGACGUUGCCAGGCUUUGUAGUUAGCCUUCCAAUGGAUAGGCGGGCCGGAAAGCACCCAGUAGCCUCCGGGUCUAAGAACUCGAUCAACUUCCAUCAUGAGGAUUCCAUCUGAAAGGGUACCGAGUAACAUGAAAUGCAUAAAAACUCGACAACAAAAGGAAGGUGAAAAGUGUGCAAAUAAAAAACUCGAAUUGGACUUAAAACAUGAAAUGCAUAUAAAGUUCGGGUCUUUCUUUAGUGUGCACUGUUUAUUUGAGCUUAAAUUCUUACAUGCAGCACCCCAUGGGAUUAGGCAACGAGAACAGUGAGCCAUAUCGAAUGCUCGAGAUGGAUAUGGCAUUUUGAUGGUCCCGAGUACACCAAUAACAGCGGGCACACCCCUUUCAAGGGCAAACUGGACCUGAGCUUGAUGUGAAUCUCUCGGAGCAAAGGACAUGGCUAUAACAUUCCUCUUCCAAAGAUACGCACCCCAACUCGCAACCUAUAAACGAUGACAGGCAUGGUCAGAAAUGUCCGAAAAAAAUUGAGUCGACAUAUUUAGGCAUUUUUGUGCAGGAAACAUACCCCACAACCAGUAUCCAACGCAGUACGAACGGUCCCGUCUUUAAUUGGGAUCACCGAAGCAAGCUGAUCAAUGUAUUUAUCUGCUCCUUGAGGAAACUGCGUUCCCCCUCCCGGGAACCUAAAAACAUCCCCUUCAUACUGAACCCAGUUCUGAAUGGCCUUCUCGACCGUCAAGCUCUUGUAAGGUGCAUUCGCAUAAGGAACAUAAUCUCGACUCUUUGGCCACUGGAACGGGGUUACGUAUCCUUUAGGCGCUGGGAUAAGGCAAUGCAACUUCUUUUCUUGAGGAGGACAGUGCCUUUCUCGGUAGAUCAUAUUUUCCCUCGGGAAGGACAUAGCCCGCCUUUGAUCUUGGCAUGGUGUGUAGUCGGUGUAGCGAGGAUGACAAGGCUGAAUUUCUUUCACUUUCGACUCAGACUCAUCGAUACUGCCAGCUCGACUGCUAUGAUGCGUCUCGAAAUUGAGACUUGGCAAGAUGUUGCAAUCUUUACUCGUCUUAGUCACCUCCAACGCUAUGCUGUCUCCCUUCCCGAACCCACUCCUUUGCCACGCUCCCAGCAAAUAGAAGAAACAACAGAGACCGGCUACUAUAAAAAUCGACACAGAGCUCCUAGUCCGACUAUCACCCGAGGUUACUUUGUUCGCCAUAGCAUCCCUGAAACGUUUCCAUAGGCAUAGAUGAUUUCCACUUGUUAUCUCGCUAAUGUAUAAUAUUUCCACACAAUUUUGUUAUCUCGCUAAUGUAUAAUAUUUCCACACAAUUUCCAAACCGAAAAUAAUUUGGUCCAUGAUAGAGUCAUAAACAUGAAAAAUA